GGAGGGCGGGAGCCGUCGCGGGCGCCGGCGGGUGCGUUUGAAUCUGUUCCGAGCGCGGGAAACGGCGGGUCCCGGGGCCUUGUUCCAGGCUGGCCCCCCCGGAGACGGACGGCCGGACGCUGCGAUGAGCGCUGCCCUGGGAAGUCGCGCUCGGGCCGGACGGGCCAGGUCGUCCGCACGGAUGGUGCAGGAAACCUAAAGGGACGCCGUGUGGAGGCGCAGACUGAGUGGUUUCAAAAUAAAUGCCAUUUGAACAGUCUCAUCUGUCAUGGAAAAGCGGGAGACAUUUGUGCAAGCCGUGUCUAAGGAGCUGGUUGGAGAGUUUUUGCAGUUUGUUCAGCUUGAUAAAGAUGCCUCUGAUCCUUUCAGCCUCAAUGAAUUGUUGGAGGAGUUAUCAAGGAAGCAGAAAGAAGAGUUAUGGGAAAGGCUGAAGAAUUUAUUAACAGACAUGUUGUUAGAAAGCCCAGUGGAUGGGUGGCAGACAGUACAAGUCCAGAGUGAAGAUGAUAUGGAAACAGAGCAUAGUUCAAAAAUGAGAAAAAGUCUAGAAAUAAUGCACGCAGUUACAUCUGUGAUCCUCAUCUCUGUGUCUGUAGUAAACGAGAAUGAGAAUUUUGAAGCCUUGCUGGAGUGUGCUGUUAUAUUAAAUGGUAUUUUAUACGCAUUACCUGAUUCUGAACGAAAACUACAGAACUCCAUUCAAGAUUUGUGUGUCAGAUGGUGGGAGAAAGGCCUGCCUGCCAAGGAGGAUAUGGGGAAGACUGCUUUUAUCAUGCUACUGAGGAAGAGCCUUGAGACCAAAAGAGGUGCAGACAUAUGUCGACUCUGGCAUAUUCAUCAAGCUUUGUAUUGCUUUGAUUAUGAUUUGGAGGAAAGUAGUGAAAUUAAAGAUUUGCUACUGGAGUGCUUCAUAAAUAUUAAUUAUAUCAAGAAAGAAGAGGGAAGGAGAUUUCUCAGUUCUCUCUUCAAUUGGAAUGUAAAAUUUAUUAAAAUGAUCCAUGAGACCAUCAAAAACCAAUUGCAGGGAUUACAAAAAUCUUUGAUGGUACACAUUGCAGAAAUUUAUUUCAGAGCUUGGAGAAAGGCUUCAGGGAAAAUACUGGAGGCCAUUGAAAAUGAUUGCAUCCAGGACUUCAUGUUCCACGGGAUCCACCUUCCGAGGAGGUCUCCAGUGCACAGCAGAGUACGAGAGGUGCUGAGUUACUUCCACCAUCAAAAGAAGGUUCGACAGGGAGUGGAAGAGAUGCUUUACAGAUUAUAUAAACCCAUCCUUUGGAGAGGAUUAAAGGCCAGAAACUCUGAAGUUCGAUCAAAUGCUGCAUUGCUGUUUGUUGAAGCGUUUCCUAUUAGAGAUCCAAACUUUCAUGCUAUUGAAAUGGACAGUGAAAUUCAGAAACAAUUUGAAGAGCUCUAUAGCCUUUUAGAAGAUCCUUAUCCGAUGGUCCGUUCCACAGGAAUCCUUGGAGUUUGUAAAAUAGCUUCCAAAUAUUGGGAAAUGAUGCCCCCAACUAUUCUUAUUGAUCUCCUGAAGAAAGUAACUGGGGAACUGGCAUUUGAUACAAGCUCUGCUGAUGUCCGUUGUUCUGUCUUUAAGUGCCUGCCAAUAAUUUUGGAUAAUAAACUAAGUCACCCAUUAUUAGAACAGCUUUUGCCACCACUCAAAUACUGUCUGCACGACAAUUCAGAGAAAGUAAGAGUGGCUUUUGUUGAUAUGCUUCUGAAAAUCAAAGCUGUGAGGGCUGCUAAGUUUUGGAAAAUAUGCCCCAUGGAGCAUAUUUUGGUUCGUCUGGAAAAUGAUUCUCGCCCUGUGUCUCGACGCCUGGUGAGCCUCAUCUUUAAUUCCUUCCUGCCUGUGAACCAGCCAGAGGAGGUCUGGUGUGAGCGUUGUGUCACUCUGAUCCAGAUGAAUCAUGCAGCUGCCAGAAGGUUCUACCAGUAUGCACACGAGCACACCGCCUGCACUAACAUAGCAAAGCUGAUCCAUGUUAUUCGCCAUUGCUUAAAUGCCUGCAUCCAGAGGGCAGUGAGAGAGUGUCAGGAGGAGGACGAGGAGCGAGAGAAGGAGAACGAGAGCGUUCUGGAUAAAACGUUGUCUGUAAACGAUGCUGCAUCCAUGGCUGGUUUAUUAGAAGUCAUUGUGAUUCUCUGGAAGAGUAUCCAUGGAAGUAUGGAAAAUAACAAAGAGGCCAAGGUUUAUACAGUUAACAAGUUUGCCUCUGUGCUCCCAGAGUAUCUGAAAGUAUUCAAGGAUGAUCGCUGCAAGAUCCCACUGUUCAUGCUGAUGUCAUUUCUGCCGGCAUCUGCCGUCCCUCCAUUCAGUUGUAGUGUGAUUUCCACACUGAGAAACCAGGAGGAGAGCAGUGUAGAGAAGAGCUACUACACCUUGUUGGAUUGCCUCUGCUCCUGGGGGCAGGUGGGACAUGUUCUAGAACUUAUUGAUGACUGGCUGCCAGGGGAGCAGCUGCAGACCAAGAGUAAUUCAGUAUCUAAACGGAAAGUGCACAUCCAGGAUGCACGCCCCAGGAAGCCUGAAUUGGCGCUGCUGUACUUAGAGUAUUUGCUGACGCAUCCAAAGAACCGAGAGUGCCUGCUGUCUGCUCCCCAGAAGAAACUUAACCAUCUUUUAAAAGCACUUGAAGCCUCAAAAGCGGAUCUGGAGGCGCUGCUGCAGUCACCUGGUGGGAAGCCUGGCGUGAACGAAGCCACUGCUCUGCGAGCCUUCAGUCUGCACUGCCGGCUGAGCAUCCACCUUCAGUACAAGUUCUGCUCAGAAGGGAAGGUUUACCUGUCCAUUUUGGAAGAUACUGGAUUUUGGUUAGAAAGCAAAGUUUUAUCUUUGAUUCAAGAUCAAGAAGAAGAGUAUCUGAAGCUUCACAGAAUUGUUUAUCAGCAGAUUAUCCAGACCUAUCUGACUGUGUGUAAAGAUGUCGUCAUGGUCGGCCUUGGGGGUCUGAAGUUUCAAACACAGCUUUUACAGCGCGCUCUUGGAAUCACGCAGACAGUGAAAGGAUUUUUUUAUGUUUCAUUACUUCUUGACAUCCUGAAAGAGAUAACUGGGAAUUCCUGUAUUCAGAAGAUAGAUUCAGAGGAAGAAGUUGUUACAACGCUGUUUGACACAGUCCAGAAAGUAUUCCAGAAACUGUUGGAAUGUAUUGCGCGGAGCUUCAGGAAGCAGCCAGAGGAAGGCUUGCGGCUCCUGUACUCUGUUCAGACCCCUCUUCAUGAAUUCAUAACCACCGUUCAGUCCUGGCACGUGGAUACUCCCGUUCACCGGGCCGUGCUCUCGACUCUGAUCGCUGCGCCUGUGGUGGAGAUAAGUCACCAGCUUCGAAAGGUUUCUGAUCUAGAAGAGCUUACCCCACCAGAGUGUCUUUCCGACCUUCCACCGUUUUCAAGGUGUUUAAUAGGGAUAAUAAUAAAGUCUUCAAAUGUCAUCAGGUCGUUUUUAGAUGAGCUAAAGGCCUGUGUGAUUUCUGACGACGUUGAAGGCAUUGUGUGCCUCACAGCUAUUCUGCACAUUAUUUUGGUUAUUAAUAAAGGUAAACAUAAAAGUUCAAAAGUGAAGGAAGUUGCAGCCACUGUUCACAGGAAGCUGAAGACAUUCAUGGAAAUUACUUUGGAAGAAGACAGCAUUGAAAGAUUUCUCUAUGAAUCGUCCACUAGAACUUUGGGAGAACUUUUGAAUUCAUAACUAAGCCAGCAUCUUUGGAUGUGUAAAAACCGGGAGAAAAGACUCACAGAACGUUGAAUACAUGUGUAUUUUCUUAGUGUUUUUAAUGUUAAUAAGGAAAGAGUGAGACUUCUUGGGGGUAGGGGUGAGUUGAAAACUCAGAAGUUCUUAAAUUUUUGCCCAGUGCCUACAUAAAUAAUCUAUUUAAUAUAAAGGUUUCCGGGUUAUCCGUGGUACAGAAUCCAUGGUGCAAAGGAAAACAAAACCAGUUUUGUAGCAAACAUGGUUGUUUUAAAGAUGACUUUUAUAUAUGUCAUAUUUCGUGGAAUCUAUGAGUAAUAAAACAGUGACAAGACAAGA